AUGGGAGAUUUCAAAGUAGAUCACACGCAGACACUAUUUAUGUGUAGCUUAUAUGUGACAAUAGGCGUCGUUUCGACACUCUGCAGUUUGACAACUAUAACAUUGUACCUAUCGAAUCGAGAAUUGCGCCGAAAGUAUAUUCUAUACAUGGUCUUGGAUAUAUCUGAACUCAUCGAUGCUAUUAGCUACAUUUUGCUUGGAACUGGACGAGGUCACGCUUUACUGACAGGGAUCAUGUCGACGCCUAUUACGGUGCACGAUUGUUUCUAUACAAAGUAUUGGCCGCACUCAUUGAUACUCGGUACUCAACUACCAGCAUUCACAACACUUUUCUUGUCGUUUGAGCGAAUUCUGGCUGUUAUCAAGCCGGCAACUUAUAAGCGUGUUUUUACUCAGGAGAUGAAGUACAUGUUGUCCGCUCUAGUUCCCAUAUUUGGAGUCGUCACUAUUAUUUUUGCGGGCUUAUCCAUAAUAGGAGUGGAAGGAAGUAGAAUAGUAGGAACUCACCAUUGCGCAAUUAUCACAAGUACUGGUAAAUGGUAUGCCACAUUCCAUUUCUUCUUCAUAGUUCUCGCCUACGUUGUCUCAUUCUGCUCAACGUUGAUUGUUUGGGUGACCAGGCAGGUAUGGAGGAAGUUGGCCCAAUCAAAGUAUGGAGCUCCCGAGGAUCGCUUGACAAUGAUUCUUGCCAUGUCUGUAUCAUCAAUCUUUCUUCUAGCUUCUCCGGCGGUAGUGAUGCUAACCAUUCUUUGGGAUAUCACUGAUUGGGGAGAUAUUGAAGUGGCAAUUACCUAUGCAAUGCCAGGCUUCUUAGCUGUUGCUAACACAAUAAUUGCAUUCAAAUUUCGGAAAGAUCUUCGACAUCAGUUUUUGUAUCUCAUUGGACGAAGAAGAAUUGCGCAUCACGAGCAUUCCAUGUUCAGCAAAUCCACAGCAUCGCAUCUUCGGAAACUUCACAAACAUGAAACAAAAUACUAG